AUGGCCCAGGAUUUUACGUCUGCUCGAGAAAGCUUCGAGAGAAAUAUAAGACGCCUUUCCACAGCUGUUCCCGGAUAUGACCAACUCUGCCGUUGGAUAGAGGGUGAUGUGAAAGUCUCACGCAUCGAUUUCGCUGCUGAGGGAUACGGUCGACCUAGCCAGUUCGCCAACGGCGGCAUUCUUACUCACCCCGAGACGUUGCAUCGGUGGUUAACUGGAGAUUUGCAAGAUACAACUACUCGAUAUGUGCUGAUAGAGGACCUUGACACCAGCGUUUGUUAUACGCUGGGAGCGGCCUUCGACAUAGAACCACAGUUCUUCCUGGACCAUAUGAACAACCAGCUCUCGAUGUUUUCUCCAUCAGAACGCGACCAUCGCAUCCAAUGGAAUACCUGGAAUCUUUCGCACCACUACAUGUCAUUCCACUGGUACCGACCUGUUUCUCGGUCCAAGAGGGCCAAAAAUGCUGACAGGCGCAACGAGAUCGACCAGCGAUAUGAGAGAGUGUUGCAUAUCGGUUCCGAGGCCAAUGAGUUCGGAGAGGACAUAGAUAUCUAUGCCAUCAGCGUGGUUCGUGCCGUGUCAAGUAUCCUCCGUCCUGAGUGGGACCUGUCUACGUUUAAUACGGCCACCAAGGGUCUCGCUGCAAUCGAAGAGCGCGUCUCAAUAUACCAGACCACGGUAAACAAUUGCCAAUAUUAUAUCGUUUUAACUGACGCGAUCCCGAGCGCACGCAAAACAACGUGGAAGCAUUAUGGCAGCGAACCGGAGAACCGCGACAUCCACCCUGAUGACGCAGAGUCCGAAAAAGUGAACCUUUAUGAGACUCUGGUUCCUCGCUUUACCCCGGGAAUUACCGCUAGGACUAUUACCCGCCUGGACGACAGGGAACUAGAAGAAACCUAUGAGGCCAUGCCCUCGACCAUGCAAUGCCUUUUGAAUAACUCAGAUCCUACAAACCAAGCACCUAUCACAAACCCCGGGCCUUGCAAUCAUCUGCCGUUUGUCCAUCUUUUUGGUAUCGUCAUGUCUGAUACCCUGGGUCUGCUGCAUCUCCUCUACGCUGUUCAGCGUGACAUCGUGCAGACUACAGCAUCCCAGGACACCCAAAUUGCCCAUAUACUCAGCAAAAGAACAAGUCUUGCCACACUACACGCGCAGCUACCACCAUUAAGCAGAGACAUUCAGAAGACCUUGGAGGAACUAGCCAGCCGAGGAAAGUACGGGACGUCGCAGAAUGAAAGUAUUGCAAGUCUAGGAAUAGACUUUGACAAGACGAUUCAGGGCGUCAAGGAAGCUUCAAAUGCAAUAACGGGCACCCUACAGUUCAUAGAGAGCCAUCGCGCCAUCCUCGAAGCCGAGAACGUUACACGCCUGACCGAGCUUGCCUUUCUUUUCAUCCCACUAUCAUUCGCCGCAUCGCUAUUCUCCAUGCAGAUACAACCACUCACCGACCCUGUACCCGUCGGCCAUUUUGUCGCGUUCGCCAUAUCGCUGAGCACAGCUACAUAUGCUCUCCGCCUCGCCGCACGGAGCACAUGGGUAAGUCGACAGAAGAAAGCCAUUCUGGACUCGAUUCGCGCCCGCAGCUCUAUCUCACCUGGCGCGCCAAUUCCUAACACGGCGAUCUUUGCUUGGGUUUAUGCUCGAACAGGGCCAGCAAUAGGCCUGAUAUUGGCUGUCGGGUGCUUCCUGACCCCUCUACUUGUUGUCAUCUGGAUACGCCCGCUGGAUUUGGGGCUCAAGAUUGCCUUGACUCUCUUGUUUCUUGUUUUCAUGUCCUUUAUCGUUGCGGUGGGGGUUCUAGUAUCGCCCAGCCUGCGCAGGAGACUCCGACAAGGGAUGCAGAUCGGGUGGUAUAAUCUUGCAGAGGGUGCGCAGCGGGACGAAAGAAAGUCCCUACAGGAAAGAUUUAUGAAGUGGACAAUAGGUACAAAGUAG